AUAUCGUGUUAGCACCAAGCAGGUUUGCGCAUCUAGCCCUUGCCGGACCAUAAUACGCAGCACUUAGCCGGAAAGGGGCCGGCAUAAAUGCCCCAGUCCAACCAUAUAGAUAGAAUGCAGGCAUCGCGCUUACGCAGCAAUGCCGAGGCUUCGUCUAGUAGCGCGAAUGAAAAAACCAGGAGGCGAACUACACAGGAGCAGGCGACACAGCGCUGGCUUGCCUCCAGAGCGCCUCUCAGACAGGGGCAAGAUCACCAUCAGCCUCAGACGCCUGAGGCGCUUACCUUGGCCACACUGAAGCACCGCCUACACCAGGGCCACAACUACCCUGUCACGUCAGUCGCCUUUAACCCUAAAGGCGACAUCCUAGCUACCGCCUCCAAGGACAUCCGCCUCUAUGAUGUCACAUCCGGUCGCCUACGUGUUAUCCUGGAUGGGCAUGGCGGCUUGGUGCGCUGCCUCUCUUUCACACCCGAUGGCCGCCUGCUGUGCUCAGGCAGCGAUGACUGCACAGCGCUGGUCUGGUCCCUCGAGAAUUGCCUCGCGAUGUGCGUCCCUGGCAGCGUACCGGUGCUCACGCCUCCUGGAGGACCCAGUUCCAGCAACCUUCCAACAAAUACAGAACAUCCAUCACAAUCCCUGCUUAAAGCGCACAGCGCCUCCUCGCGAAGUUUGAAUGGCGGGACGCCUAGCAGCGUCAUCGCGGCGCUCGCAGCUGUCGGUGAUGGCGCUUUAUCAUUAGCAAACAGUUUAAUAUUCGAUCCUAUGAGCCGCGUUGUACAGCGGGUCCUGCAGCGGCACCACAAGCCCAUCUUGUCGCUGGCCACGACGCCCGACUCCAAGUACCUAGUAACGGGCUCCGCGGACAAGACCGUGCGCGUGUGGGACGUCUGCACCGGCUACUGCAUGCUUACCUUGCGGGGCCACAGCGGGGAAGUGACGUGUGUGGCGCUGACGCCCAACGGCCGCCGCAUCCUCAGCGGCGGCACCGACCACCACGUUGUGGUGUGGGACUUCGCGACCGGGGAGAGCCGCCGGGUGCUCAAGGGUCACCGCGGCCCCGUCAACUGCAUCGCAGUCGCCCCCGACGGCCAGUGGGUCGUCACCGGCGGGUUCGACAAGCAGCUGCGCUUCUGGGACCUGGUCAAUGGAAACGAGCUGGCGGCGCUGCCGGCGCAUGGGGGCGCGUACGGCGUGCUGAGCGCCGCCGUGAGCCCCGACGGCUCCACCAUCAUGUCGGGCGGGUACGACAACCUUGCCAAGCUGUGGGAUGCGAAGAGCGGGCUGCCGCUGGCGACGUUGACAGGGCACCGACACAUGGUGAGCUGUGUGGCCUUCAGUCGCGACUGCACCGCCAUCGCCACCGCCGCCCGCGACGACGAGGUGCGCCUGUACAUCUGGGUGCCCGGCUACCGGCCCAAGCAGCCGCUGCGGCCCGAGCAACGCGUCCUGCGGUGGGCCUCCAUCAGCGCCAGCCAGUCGCGGGCGCUGCUGGGGGGCGGCCCGGGGGGAGCGGGCGGGGGCGGGGAGAGGCGCGGCGCGGGGGGUGAGGAUGAUGAUGAGUCGUGGAGGCGGCCGGUGCGGGGGGAUGGGGGGCAACGUGACUUGGCGGCGCGGAUUCUGUGAGGAGGCGUGGGUGGGGCAGGAGGUAGAGUGAGUGAGGAAGGCGAGGUGGUGGUGUUUGGGGAGAGGGCAGGUUGUAGAAUAGGUGUGGUAGCGUAGGUUGUGGGAGGGCUGUGCGGCUGGGAUGAUGGCCCGGAAAGCGGUGGGUUGGAAGGGGGCGUUCAUGCCGUGCACUUGUUCGCACACGUGUCCCAAAUAAGGGCGCAUGUUUUGAAUGCUGCGAGUGUUGGUGAAAUGCGGAUGCCGAUUGCCGCGGUGUCCAGGGCUGAGUUGUUCAACUUGCACGCUUACUUACCUUGCUGGACGAACGGGCCGCAUGAACAAGGCGUGAACAACACCAGUACGCGUGCCUAAUUACCUAGGGGCACGAGCGCAUGGCCCUUUUUGGCUUCUUCUUAGCUUGGGUUGCUGUUGUCAGAUACUCGGACUUUACAGUCGCCUUUGCAAAGUACGUCGCUUGGAUGUAGAUAUAGAGGAUGCUAUCGUUUGUUCUGCCGUGAUCCUGGCAUUAGCACAGUAGGUUUGUUGCAUGGGGAAUCAUGUACAUCAUUUUCCCCAAGCACAUCACUGCGUCAGGUGUCGUUAGUCAGUGCAUUAGGUCAUUGCAGGUAUUAUCGUACGUCUUGGGCAGGCAUGACUGUGUCGUGAAAGCUGUGUUGUAGUGUAGCAGGACUUUAAAGUAUUCAGGCUCCAUGUGCAUCCAUGCAUGUCAUUACAAUCGUGUGUGGUUUCGGGACAGUCCUGAUCAUCUAAUGCAUGAUUGUACGCGGUCUAUAUUAUGCUUUAUGCAGGUUGUAUACUAGGGCUGAACGCCCUCGCGGGUUUCG